UAAUUGCACAUAACACUUGAGGCUAUCAUACCUUAUGCCCAACUCAAAAUCGAGUUUUUGAUCAAAAAAGAGGGGGGGGGGGGUACCCUUAAUAUCAAUAAAAUAUCCCGAACACUUUAUUGAUCUAGUUUGAGAUGAAAUAAUCUUUUUUUUUUCUGAAAAUAUUUUUCAACAGGAAAUCUCUUAAAGAGAAUUAGGUUAUUUGCAAUGAACUUCGAUGAAUGUUAUCAUUGUACGUCUCUGAAACAGUAUAUGAAAACAUAUGAUUAGUUAUAGAAUGUCUAUCGUAAUUGACGGAUUUAUAUGGAUUCUAUAGAAAUUGUUAAAGAGUCAUAUGAAAUAUUGAGCAAGUUGAGGUGAUAUGAUGAUAGAAAAUCAAUGAGAAAAGAUAUAAAUAAUAUCAUCUUUGUAGAAGAUAAUAAACCGUCUUGAAUAAUUGAAGACUGAAAAAUCAUAAACAUAUAGUUUUGUUUUAGCUUAGAAUUGAUUUUUCGAUUAAUCUUAGAAAUUUGUUUAAAACAUUUUAUUCAUACAGAUAAUAUAAACGAAUAUUAUUAUCAUGUUAUAUUUUUCACUUCACUAAAAAAAAGCUUCAUCUAACUUCCUUGCAAAAACUAGUGUUUCAUAUUUGAAAAUUCGCUCUAUGUGAAUCAAUAUCAUAUCAUUGGUAAAGUUUUUAUUAUUAUUCAUCUAGAUGACUAUUGAAAAUUAUCUAUGAAAUGCAUCAUAUUUAUUUUUGUGGAACACGACUAAAAAGAAGUGUUGAAAUAUAGAUCCGGAAACUGGGCCAUUCUCCUUCCUUCCUUCAGAGAUGUGAUAGAUAUGUUAGACAUGGCUUGCCACAGACAGUGGCACACGUUGUUGAUAAACUAUCAAAAACAGUACAUCACUAAUGAAUGUUUCUGAGAAAAUGGUCCUCUCUUUAUUUUAAUAAUAUCUCUUUUAAUUCUCUACAACCCGGUAAAAAUACUGUAAAUGACAUACGUAAUCUUACAAGACAUGCAUUAAACAACAGUUUUUAUAUGAGUGCUUCUUUCAAUAUAAUUGAUGAAGCCUGCAAAUUGAAUAAUCCGAUGUAUUUAAAUGUAGACUAUUCGACAUUCAAUGGUUCUUGACAAUGAAAACGAGAGAGGAUGUUGACUUGACAUUACCUCUUGUCUGAGUCGAUGGAUGUGAAACUUAGCAUUAUCAUCUACUGAAAUAUUUAAUGUGUUCUCUAUAUUGUAAUAGUACUGAAAGAAAAAUUAUAUCAUUUUGUAAAAGAUUGAAAGAAGAAUCCGAAGAAAUAAAUAUCAUUAAAAUACAACGACGCUCAUUCUUCCUAAAACAUCCGUUACUUUCUUAUUGGAUUUUUUAAGGAUUAAGUCAAAGGAUGAUGAAGAAAUGUGUCUCAAGAUAGAUAUUAAAAAAAAGCGAUCUUCCUGAGAUUAUCAUGAGGAAGUAAAUCAUGUUUCAUAUUUUAAUCCUGCAAUGACUGCAUUAACAGCAGUCUUUUUAUAAUUUGAUCAGGUUAUAUAACUAUUGAACUUAAAAACAUUUGAAGAAAAUCAAAUUUACUUUGAUAACUAUAAUUUAAAUUUGAACAAGAGAAAGAUUCGUUGUUUGUUUAGACUCGUUUGAAAGAAUUUUGUUCAAAAUUUCAAAUUGAAUUAUCAAAUAUUGUUGAUAAACAUACAACACAUUUAAUAACUGAUGAAGAAGGUGAAACACUUGUAUGUCCAUUAUCAAAAAAAGUUAUUCAAUCAGUUGCACGUCAUAUGUAUAUUGUAACAUAUCGUUGGAUUGAUGCUUGUUUAAAAAUAAAUCGAAUAUUAAAUGAAAAAUCAUUUGAAAUUCAAGGAGAUUUAACACUUUCAUCAGAUCAUAAUGGUAUGCAACGAAGUCGUCAAAGUGUAUUAUCAGAUAGUUUACCAAAAUGUUUACUAUUUGAAAAUUUUUCUAUUAUGUUAAAAUGUAAUGGAUGUCAAGAAAUGAUGAAUAAUGAUGAAUUAAUUGAAUUAGUUCAAUUAUCUGGUGCUAAACAUACAACUGAUUCACAUUUUUCACGUUUACAAACAGGUGUAACACGUGUUGUUCUUUGUGAAAAAGAAUAUUUGAUUAAUCGACGUGAAAUGUAUGAAAAAUGUAUUCAUGCUGGUAUUCAUUUUCUUACUCCUGAAUGGUUUCUUGAAUCACUUGUUCAAUAUCGUAUUCAACCAUUUCAAGAAUAUCAAAUAACACCAUAG